GAUUCGCGCAUGCGCACUGGAGAUUUGCAAAGAAAGGUCAAAUUGAGCCAUGGCGCUAAAUUUCAUCAAGUGUAAACGUACGGAUUUUGAGGUAUCCCGAUAGCAGCUCUACUGUGUAAUACAACUGAUGCGUUAUAUCACGAGACUCCCUUACGAGCCUGGAUCUUGAUCACCUUACUGGCUAGGAUGGCUAUGAGUGCGGAGCCCCAACAGAGUCCACCAAGGAAGAGAGCCAGGUUAUCACUCAAGCUUGUUAGGAAAGACCAACAGACAAGCAGAGUCAUCGCACCUGUUACAGAAGAACCAGGAGAGAACAAAGAUGAGGAACCAAAUCAGCAGUGUGAUACAGCAGGUGAUGUAGCAUCGUCUUACAUGGAGCCUCAAUCAUCUAGCAUCCCCAGUGAGUAUGUGAUUAGAGUGGCUCCAUACACUGGUCUUCAUAACCUGGGAAACACCUGCUAUCUCAACAGUGUGCUACAGGUAUUAAGAUACUGUCCUAGCUUCAGUGAUAAUCUGAAUAGACUCUCUGGACUGGUUUCUGAGAAGCUCAAGAUGAAAGGAGAAGAGGAGGAUAUUGAUGGAGAGGAUGAGAGGAGUAAGAGGAGGAGAAAAGAGUUUAUAGCUCAGCUCAAGUUGGUUCGAGCAAUGAAUAAGUUGUUCAGCACCAUGUCUGAGAAGGAGCAGUCUUACGUAGAGCGGUUGAUGCCAGCUGGUCAAGAAUUAGCCAUGUACCCUGAAGACAUCUUGGAAGCUAUCAGGGAUUUGAACUCAAUGUUCAAAGGCUAUCUGCAGCAUGAUGCCCAGGAGCUUCUAUGCUGCAUCCUCAGUAACAUCCAGGAAGCUUGUCAACGACUUGGCGAGCGUCAGGGCAACACAGAGAAUACAGCUUAUCAGGAUAAUGUAAAGACUGAGCAUUCUGAAACCUGCAGGAAAGCUGUGAGGAAACUCGACAUGGGCGGGGCUGGGGAUGGUGUAACUAUGGAGACAGAGUGUGGGAAACUGUUGGGAGGGGGUAGACCCCUUGGUGGAAGGACAACAAGAAGUGACAAGACACUCAAUGAAAAGAAAUUGGAUUGUAAAAGCUUCAAUAGCAAUGGACUCGUGACGCACCAGGAAAACGGAUUUGGCGAUCAACCUGAUUCUAAUGGGUUUGGAGGUCAUGAUAGACAUGUGGAUAGUAUUAAACUAUGUAACGGUAACAUCACCAGUACUCUGAGGAAGUCUGAGAAAAUAAACGGGGUUGCGGGAGGACACCAUGGAGGGAUUUCACCAAGUAAUGACUCUGUUCGAAGACGAGGUGGAAGGAAGAGUGCUUUGACAAAUGGACAUCUUUCAGAAAAAGAGUGUAAUGGGAUGGAUGGAAGUCUUCCAGAGACGAAUGGGGCAGGAGAUUGCGGGAGCUCUAAGAAGAAGCGUCUUGGGCUGGGUCGCCUGACAUUCCAGCAGUAUACCCUGACCAAGUUUGGCAUCAUCAAGAAAGACAAAGUUCCAUCAACUGAUGAACAACAUGCACAAGAUGAUGCAUCUCACCACCAUGAUAUCAAAUCAGAUUCGGGUGAUGAUUCAAAGGAAGUGUCGUUAAAUGGAACAUACGCGUCCAGGAAUGUAACGUCUAAUAAUUCCAAUGACCCUGAUCUUUCCGUAGAUACAACGCAAGUGUCAUUAAAAGUGGAUGAUGAUGUAGAGACAGUCGAAAGACUGCAAGGGGAAUGUUCACAACCAACCACUAAAGAAGCUAUCGAGAAAGCUAACAUUGACAAAGACAAGGAAAUAUCAACAGAGCUGGAAGACCACACCAUACCUGAGCCAUCAAGGGCUCACUGUGCUCUAACACCAAUGGUUCAAGACGUUGGGGAUGAAGGUGGAGCGGUAGACACUGCAGAUGCUGUAACUUUCUUGAGUGAGAUGAAAGUCAUUGAGAGACUCUUCCAGGGCACCCUAGUCCUGCAGACACGUUGCCUGGAGUGUGAAUCAUGUUCAGAGAAGAGAGAAGAUUUCCAAGACGUCAGUGUUCCAGUCCAGAGUAUUCCUGCAUUCACCAGUGAAGAGGAACACGAAGAACGUGUACCAGAUGUGAACCCUCGUAAUCUGUCUCUAGGCUGGGCAUUGUCUGAGUUUACCAGCGUUGAGAGACUGACAGAUGAUAACAAAUAUUUCUGUGAGCAUUGUUUUCAUCUGACCGAGGCUGAGAGAUCUGUUCUGUUUGGCAGGCUACCUGGUGUACUGAUCAUCCAGCUCAAGAGGUUCAGUGCGUUCAUCAAUUGUUUCUCUCCUGGAGGGUCCGUGUCAAAGGUCAACGACCAUCUAGCCAUCCCGCUGACCCUCAACCUGGCCAAGUGGUGUUCAGGCUCCUGUCAACAGAAGGACACAUCCUAUGAACUCAGUGCUGUGGUUGCUCACAGUGGGUCGUCUAGCUCUAGUGGUCAUUAUAUCGCCUAUGCUAGGGUGCCUCAGAAGAACACGGAAUCUCAAGCAUGUGAUGCAGACCUACCAGCUCUAGACCAGUGUCCUGGGAAAGAGUCUUGGGCUAAAUUUGAUGAUGAUCGAGUGCAGGUCCUGUCUGAUGAAGACUUUGAAUCACUUCUGAAUCCUCUACAAGGAAACGACUCUGCAGCUACUCCAUACCUUCUCCUAUAUAAAGAUACUCGUCAGAUCAGAAGGUGAAUGAACGAAGGAGAUGGCCGUCUAGUUUAUCUCACAAGAACUAUUGAU